AUGGAGAUCGAGCGUUCGUUGCAAGGUGAGGCGGAUGGGACGCAGUUUGAGUUGUGGGAGCGGGAGUUGCGGGAGUGUUGCGCGUACGCCUGGUUCGAACGGGCGAGAGAGACUUUGGAGCGAUUGGACGACGAGACCGUGGGCGUACGGAUCGAGAAAAACGAGAGCGAGGAUGUGGGUGCGCGUGAGGAGCUGGCGGUGGAAACGGAGGAUUCGAGCGUUUUGAGCGUGCGCGCGCGGCUGACGUCGCACGAACCGGUUACGGUGAAGAAGAGCGUUUUUCAGGCGCACGUGUGCUCGGACGUGCGAUCGGUGGAAGACGUGGAGAUAGUGAUGCGCGUUCUGCUGCAGAAUAAGAAAAUUCGGGAGGCGACACAUAACAUCUUGGCGUAUAGGAUAUCGCGGCGAGAGGAGGGACGUUCGGAGGAAUUUUAUCAGGACUCGGACGACGACGGAGAGAGCGCCGCGGGCGGGCGUUUGUUGCGCUUACUCGUCCUCGCGGACGCCCGAGACGUCGUGGUCGUUGUUACGCGGUGGUACGGUGGUGUGCACCUCGGGCCGGCGCGAUUUCACGUCAUAAAUUCCACCGCAAAGACGGCGCUCGAGUCGCUCGGCGUCAUUCACAACAAUAGCGAACAAUAG